AUGAUGAACUUGUAUGUAUGUAUUAGUGAUAGUAGUAGGCCUAGUCGGAAAGUUCAAACUCUUACAAGGACUAGUUCUUACUUGGUUAUGGAUCCUCUAAUUUCUUACUGUGCAAAGUUAGGGAGCGGGAGUGGGAGUUACACGAUUUGCACCUGCGCAUCAUUAGGGCGAGUUAGGGUUUGCCUGGCAAAUCGAUUUGAAUUCGCUGCAAAAUGGUUUGCGGAAUGCAAUAUGUUGUGCAGGUUUACGCCCAACGUGCCAGCCACCCAACUGAUUCGCCGCUGUGGUUUCUUGGCGUUGUGGUCAGGUGCCACCACCAAUAUCAGCAUCUGCAGCAGGGCUGCGGACCAUCCGCCAUCCACCAAAGCUACCACCAGAGCUACCAGCAGUUUUUACGCUUCGGCUGCUGUUAAUGCCGCCACCACAGACAUCUUUGCGUUAUCAAACGCCAAAACCCCACCACUCCACAGCCCACCCACUCGAAUUUCAAAUCCACCUGCACCACACUCACAUCUCGACUGCGCCUUGCAGCCAACUCCUGCGUCCUUUUAUCAUCAAUUUGCCAACGGGUGUGGCACUGCCACCCAACCCACUCACUUGUCCUCCUGUCAGUUGUGGUCACCGCCGACAGUUCUUGAUCAAAACAAAUGGCCGAAUAUCUUCAAAUUGGCUGGCGAACGUUAACAAGCAUCUAUUCAUGGGUUAUGGGGGCUUUUCAACUGACAUAUGGUCAUAAAUAUCUAGUUAAUUGGAUAUCCCAUUGGAAAGGAUUAUCUAUAAGGAAGUCUGAUGAAUUGAUAAUUAAUUACGUGGUAUCUUUUUUUUAAGCAUCUCUUUUAAGCAAUGAUACUUAAGUGGACUGUUCUUUGUCAAUUCAAAAUAAUGGCAUUUUCGUGUCGUUCUAACUUAGGGAAAUCCAUUAAAAAGCCAACUCUAUCAAAAGGCAAUAUCUACAUUGUUUACCAGUGGCAUUGUUGGAACAAGCCUUUGCUUUUUGGUUGGAUGUUUGAGCGGCAACGCUUUUAAAUUAUUUGU